AUGGAUCUUCUGACAAACUUCAAAUUCAUGAUCACACUCUUCUACGGUGUGACUUCAGUCGCUCUCUACGCCACCGUAACCACAUUCAUCUUCGCCAAAAACAAUGCGAACUUCAAAGGAUCGUUCUUCAAGCUGUUCGCCGUCGGAUUCUUCAUGAAUAUUUGGACUUAUGGUAACUCUUUCGUGACAUUGCGUGUACCCCAAAACACGCCGAAAACCGGCUAUUUUGCACAGUUUUUCUGGGAACACAAUCGAACGAAUUUGGAUGUGCGAUUUCCGCUCAGCUUUUUUCACAUGUUUCAUUUUCAUUUCGCUUAUACACAGUAUUUAUUUAAUGCGUUGAUGUGUUGGAAUCGGGCUAUGGUUGUGUUUUUUCCGUUGAAAAGUGAGAAUGUGAGUUUGGGGGAGGGACAGGGACAAGGGGGGGGGGUAUGACGUGGCAAAUUCAGGUCCUAGGCUUAGCCAGCAGAGCUUGAAGCCUAAGCCUAAGGGUUUUGUUAAGCCUAUGCUUGAGAGUUUUGUUAAGCCUAAGCCUAAGCUUAUGGAUUUUGUUAAGCCUAAGCCUAAGCCUAAGAGUUUUGUUAAGCCUAAGCCUAAAGGUUUUGUUAAACCUAAGCCUAAGCCUAAGCCUAAAGGUUUUGUUAAGCCUAAGCCUAAGCCUAAAGGUUUUGUUAAGCCUAAGCCUAAGAGUUUUGUCAAGCCUAAGCCUUUGAAUUUUGUUAAGCCUAAGCCUAAGCCUAAGAGUUUUUUUUAAAUUCAGCCUGAUUUUCUGACUGAAAUUUUUGAUUGUUUGAAUUCCAAAUUACCUUCUAGAGAAUCUGGGACAUUUUCACUAUGCUCUUUCAAAAAUCAGAUUUUAUUGGCUUGCAAAAAUUAGCAAUUCCUGAUUUCUAAAGUUCAAGGAAAUGACAAAAAUUUGAAAUUUGCAUCAUAUUUUCUGCCUUGAGUUAGCCUAAAUCUAAUUUUUUCCUAUCAACGUCACAAGGAAAAGAUGUUUCUCUAGAGAGAUCCGUGAUUUUCAGAAAAAACAAAAUAGUGUGGGAUGGAGAUCUUGUGAUUAGAAUUUUAGCAAAAUUUUAAAAAUAGGCUUGUUCCCCUUUGAGCACAAAGGCUUUGCAAAAGGCCAAAUCCUAGGCUUAGGCUUAACCAAAUUUUUUUAGGCUUAACCAAACUCUUAGGCUUAGUCAAACCUAUAGGCUUAGGCUUAUCCAAUUUCAAGUCUAAGCCUCAAGCUUAGGCUUAACCAAACAUAUAGGCUUAGCCUUGGGCUUAACCACACCUAUAGGCUUAGGCUUAACAAAUGUUAAGCUCUCUAAAUUCCACGUAUCAAAUUUCCAGUUCUGGCGUCGCUACCUGAUCCCAAUAGUGCUGAUCCUCUUCCUAACCCCAUUCCUCACAACAUCUCAAAUCUUCCUCCAUCAUUCCUACUAUGAAUAUUCUGUCGAUUCCGAUUAUUUCUCAAUCAAUACAACCUACGGAAAAGCAUCAAUCUACAAAUAUUUGAUGCCAACUCUGAUCAUUUUGACUGUUCUGAAUAUCGUGAUAAAUGUGAUGACAUUUAUUCGAAUGGUUUGUAUGAAUACGUAUGGACAUAGGAUUUUGGAGAUGAAUCUGUUGAUCAUGUCAUUUUGUGUUUUUUUGGUCGAUUUUUUCUUGAGCGCUCUUUCGGUGAGUUCGGGGAGGGGAACUGGGGUUUUCGCGAGAAAAUUUGGACCAUUUUGAUAUACAAUGGUCUGGGAUUAGCUCUGCGCGGAAGCUUGCGGUCUACACUCGCGCAGAGCGCUCGGGGCCUAGGCUUAGCCGCUACGCGGAAGCUUGCGGCCUACAUUCGUGCAUAGCGCUCGGGGUUUUCAGCUGAACCCUAGGCUUAGCCGCUUCGCGGAAGACAGUGCCGCUGCGCGGAAGCUUGCGGUUUACACUCGCGGCAAGGCCGCUCGAGCUUCCAGCUCAGCUAUAGGCUUAGCCGCUUCGCGGAGGACAGUGCCGCUACGCGGAAGCUUGCGAUCUACACUCGCGCAAAGCGCUCGGACUCUCAGCUCAACCCUAGGGUUAGCCGCUGCGCGGAAGACAGUGCCGCUACGCGGAAGCUUGCGAUCUACACUCGCGCAAAGCGCUCGGACUCUCAGCUCAACCCUAGGGUUAGCCGCUGCGCGGAAGACAGUGCCGCUACGCGGAAGCUUGCGAUCUACACUCGCGCAAAGCGCUCGGGGUUUUCAGAUCAACCCUAGGCUUAGCCGCUGCGCGGAAGCUUGCGGUUCUCUCUUCCUGAAUUUCUAGGCCACGGUCAGAAAAUGUUCUCCAGAGUUACUGUAGAUCAGAAAACGUUUUUCUUUUUUGUAGCUUCACUUUUGUCUUUCUAGGAAGCUACAAAAUGUCUAGUCUAGCUUAAAAAUAGGCAGCUACAGUACUCUCGGUAGAUCAAAAAUAUAUAUUUCUACAGGGGGCCUAAACUUUAGGCCUAAGCUUAGGCUUAGGCUUAACAAAACCCUUAGGCUUAGGCUUAACCAAACCCUUAGGCUUAGGCUUAACAAAACUCUUAGGCUUAGGCUUAACCAUACCCUUAGGCUUAGGCUUAACAAAACCCUUAGGCUUAGGCUUAACCAAACCCUUAGGCUUACGAGGGAAGUGUGUGACCAGUCCCCGGAGAUUUUCAAUGAGACCUAUGUUUUUUUGGUCAGUUUUUCACGCUGAUAAAGAUCCUGUUUUCAGUUUUUGCUGAACGACUCUCUAAAGAGCCCAAAAAUGAGCCAAAAGUUGAGAAUUUCCUGAAAAUCGCGUUUUUGGGAGCCCAUAACUCAUGUUAGAAAUUAUUUUUAUGGAAAACUGAAUGCAUCACGUUGUUCAGGAGGGUCGAUUUACCAAAGUCACAAAUUUUGACAAAAUUUUCCAAAAAUUUUCAAAUGUGCAAUCCAUGAGCCUAUUUUCUGAGCCACAAAAUUUUUUUUUGAAAAAGUAUGGACUUACUAAUCAAAAAUUUGUGACUUUGGUAAAUCGACCCUCCUGAACAACGUGAUGCAUUCAGUUUUCCAUAAAAAUAAUUUCUAACAUGAGUUAUGGGCUUCUAAAAACCCGAUUUUCAGGAAAUUCUCAACUUUUGGCUAAUUUUUGGGCUCUUCAGAGAGUCGUUCAGCAAAAACUGAAAACAGGAGCUUUAUCAGCGUGAAAAACUGACCUAAAAAAUAUAGGUCUCAUUGAAAAUCUCCGGGGACUGGUCACACACUUCCCUCGUUAGGCUUAAACAAACCCUUAGGCUUAGGCUUAACCAAACCCUUAGGCUUAGGCUUAACAAAACCCUUAGGCUUAGGCCUAAACAAACCCUUAGGCUUAGGCUUAACAAAACCCUUCGGCUUAGGCUUAACCAGACUCUUAACAAAAGCCCAGAAGCCUGAAGCCCGAGCGCUCUGCGCGAGUGUAAACCGCAAGCUUCCGCGCAGCGGCCAAGCUUAGGCUUAGGCUCAACCAAAUUUAUAGGCUUAGGCCUAUAGGCCCCCCUACAGUACCCUCUAAAGUUACCGUAAUAUUUUGCAGGUCUUCAACUACCUGGUCUCAAAUUCGAUGUCAACUCUCGAACUCUUCUGGGAGACCGACACCAUCAAAUAUUACAACGUCAGAACUCAGAUUCUCACACCAUUCGCCAGUGAUUUUCUCACAUUUUCGCAUCCCUGGCUUUUGGUCAUUUUCUCGCGACAAAUUCGCGAAAAAUUGCUGCAAUUCAUAUGUUGUUGUAUUGUGAAGAAGAAGAAUGGAUCUGGAACGGGUACUGGAACUGUUAUGGUGAAAAGAGGCUCCCGGAGUGCGUGGGAUUGA